UUUUCAUGUUCUUCUGAAGCGACAAAUUAAAAAUACCAUUUCCUAGAAAAAAUUAUUGUGUGCUUUGUUUAAUAUACUCAACAGUUAUUGAAAAAAACCAUGUCUUCAGAUUCUAACAAAGCUGACGAAGCUCCGGUGAAGGGGCACACAAUUUCUGAAAAAACUGCUGAUAGCAAAAUUGACGAUGAAAGCAUACCAUUCCAUUGCAAAUCUUGUGGUUUACAUGAAACCGUUCAUUACUUUGGUCAACAACCCGCCUUUGUGUAUGGAGUGGUGUACACGGAACCUACCUAUAUAAUGAAAGAUCCCUUCCAGCCUCCCGUAGGAAAAUGGAAAUCGAAACCGGAGUACUUUAUUGCUUUGGGGGCUCAUUGCAUACGAUGUAAUGAUGUGGUAUGCAAGGAUAAUGGUUGCCAUUUUUUCUUCAAGCAUACAUAUUGUAUACCUUGUGUUAAAAUUGUGAUUUCUACAUUUCCAACUGAUAUACAAUUAAAAAUUAAAAAACAGUUAUCAACCGGGCAAUAAAAAAUGUAGUAUCAAUCAUAUCGGAGAAGUCAUGCGAUUAGAGGAGAAAGUCAACCCGAACUAUAUGUCAGGAAUUUGGGAAACAACUCAAAAUAUUUAGGUGCUUGGAAAAAUGUUCUGCAGCUGUAUACACUUUGAAAACCAGCCACCAACGUGAACAUUUUGCAAUGAGAUUCUCACUGUAUGCCGGAUUUCGUACCGGCACCCAUCUAGGAUCAUUUCCGGCAAAGGACUGCUCCUACCUCUGCGGCUAGAGAAUUUUGCAGUUAGAGGAUUUGCUAAAGGUGUUUAAUGGUCAACUGAUUACUACAACAACGGCCACAUUAUUUCAGUUCGUUUAUUAACAAAUGGAAGAAAAACGUUAAAAACAAUUUAUUUUUGUUAAGUUAUUCUUAAAAGGUAAACAAAAUUUUGUUAUAUGCUAAAA